AUGUCACAAAAAAUUGGACACAGUGGUUUGGCUUUUGCACGUCUUUGGCAUCAUGUUGAUGUUGCUCGUGAUAAGAGAACAUUGGGUAGAUUGGCCUCAGCAAUAGCAAUUACCUUGAUUGGUAAACAUAAGCCAGUCUAUCAUCCAUCACAAGAUUGCGGAGAUUACGUGGUGGUAACUAAUUGUCAAAAAAUACGUGUAACAGGGAAGAAGUUUGAACAGAAGACCUACUGGUCCCAUUCAGGUAGACCUGGUCAGCUUAAAUUGCAGACAAUGGAAAAGGUUGUUGCCGAUAAAGGAUAUGGAGAGAUUUUGAAAAAGGCAGUUAGUGGUAUGCUGCCUAAAAAUAAACUAAGAAAGCAAAGACUAGACCGCUUGAAAGUUUUUGAUGGAAGUGAAAAUCCUUAUAAACAGAAUAUUACAGCAUUUGCCCAUGAACAAUCAUCUAUACCAGAAUCUUUCAAAGAAUCAAUCUUAAACCAAUUGAAAUAG